AUGAAGGAAAAGAAGCUUAAGCCACGGCUGCACGUGCCAGACUACUGCGAAGUUGAGACAGUGAAGGACGAGGGAGGGAAGACGAUAUGGCCUGCUCCUGCUGACGCUAUGGAGAGAGCGCGGGCGUUCAUUAGAGCAUGUGCCCAAUCAGGCAAGCCGACCCUCCUUGUCCCAGAUAAGGACGCCGAUGGUCUUUCUUCCGGCGUGAUCCUGCAUCGGACGCUCACCGCCCUCGGUCUUCCCACUGACCUCAUCUCAACCCACAUCGUCACCAAAGGGAGUUCAAUCCACGACUCCACCGAGCGAGACCUUAUGUCUACAACCUACAAUCCCUCCUACAUCAUAGUCCUAGACCAAGGCUCCCGUGCCGCCCCUCGUGUCAUAGAUAACUCCUCCACAAAGUCUCUGAUCCUAGACCACCAUCUCUCCGACUCUUUCCCAGAAGACGCCCUCGUAGUAUCAGCAUGCCACUACCCACCCGUCGCCACCACCUCCCUCCUAACCUACCUCACAUGCCUCCCCUUACACCCCUCUCCCACCACCUUCACCGAAUCCUGCGCCUACCUCGCCUGCAUAGGCACCCACGGCGACCUAGGCAACACGCUCAAAUGGCUACCCCCGUUCCCCGACCUAACUCCCACCCUAAAACAGCACACCAAAAAAGCCAUCAACGAAGCCCGCCUGGACCGCGCUCCUAGCCUCCACCUCCCCGAAAGACCUUCUCACCCACCCUCGCCUUCCUAUCAGCGCGAGCCGAAAUCCACGCCGAAGUCGAACGCCACACGCACAGCGCCCCGAAAUUCGCCCCCGACGGCCGCAUCGCCGUGCUGCGCAUCCACACCCCCUCCCAAGUUCACCCCGUGA